AUGGCAGCAUCAAGUGGCUUACACAGGGCGGAGAAGUUCUCCUUGAAGUACAUUUGGAGUAACGUGGACUACAAGCCGUUCAGGUGGGCCGGGAGGGAAGUUGGCUCGGCCGCGACUCGAGAACUGUGCUCAGUGCCACCCUGUCAGUGCGCAGCCACUUCCCUCUCCACGUGGGCACCCUCCGCGGGCACCCCAGCGCCGCUGCUCCUGCCUCGCUCACCCCAUCCCUGCACCGACUCUAGCGAUGAGCAGGACCAAAAGGUGGUCGGGAACUACGAGCUGUUCGCUGCUGCGGUGGGCAACGUCCAAUGGUUGCGGUUCUGUCUGGAUCGGGAUAGUAGAGAAAUCCGGACCGACCACAAGGGCUUCACUGCCCUCCAUUUCGCAGCCCAGCGCGGCAAGCUUGCAUGCCUGCAGAUUUUGAUAGAGGAGUACAAUUUUCCUGUGGACCUGCCCACCAACAAUAGCCAGACUCCCCUGCACCUCGUCAUCCACAGGGACAACAAGACCAUGGCACUCCCCUGCAUUUCCUACCUGCUUGGGAAAGGGGCAGCCCUCAACGCUCAAACAUGCAAUGGCUCCACGCCGCUGCACCUGGCAGCCCGUGAGGGCCUGCUGGGCUGUGUGAAGGUCCUGGUGCAGAGUGGUGCUGAUGUCCAUGCCCAAGAUGACUUGGGCCUCAAACCCAUCGAUUUCUGCAAAAUAUGGAACCACCGUGCCUGUGCCCGGUUCUUGAAGGAUGCCAUGUGGAAACGGGACAAGAGUGACUUUGCUCAUGAAAUGGGAAAGCUGAAAAGGCUCAAGGACCAGCUGCUCAUCAUGGAGAAGAACUACCUGAUUGAGUAUCAGAAAAAGCAAAAAAUUCUGAGAAAAGAUGAUUUCAAGAAGUGGCUCCAAGGCAAGCUGACACACCAAAGUCACUCUCCCGGCCCCAAGCAAGCCCGUGCCAUCACCCUCUCCAAGACGAAACAGCUUUCCAAGAGUUUCCACCCUUCUGUGGAGGCACGCCUGCAGCGCAUACCACCACCGCCCACGGAGAAGCCCAAGAAGCCACAGAUCAGCUUCCAACUCUCAGUCAGGCGGCCCACAAUAUGGAAUGUUAGCACCAACCCUGCUACACAGCCCAGCACCCAGAUCAGCUUCCCACAGGACAUCCGCUUGGGUGUACAUCCAGACCCCAGCCUGGAGCAUGACUUCAGUGGCUUCCUGGAGGUGACACCAGACCAGCAUGGUGGUGCAUGGCUGCACACAGUGGAUAGCCACUGGGUAACACCUGUGCCCCAGCUGCCUUUUGAGGUGAUAGUCCGCACAUUGUACCCAAGUACAUGUCCGUACAGGAUGAAGGUGCCCCAGGGCCUUUACUCCAUCAGCAUAAGUGAUGUGCCCCAGAAACGGUACUUGGGUGAUGAUACCUUCUGGACAGACACUAUGGCCAUGAACCUGCGUGAGACAUUUGAUGGAGCCUUCCUAGCAGCUCUGCAAGCUCAUCAAGGGCUCCCCGCCUUGCCCAACCCUAAAACAAAUCCAUAA